CCCAAAGACUGAUCUAGGUCUCACAUUAUCAAAUCACCCACCCUAUUAACUCACCCCUCUAUUUAAAAGGGAAAAAACAGUGCACAUAUCAACUCAUGAUGAAUGUCAAUUGUCAAACUAAACUUUCCCACUAAAAUUGACUUGUGCUUUCACCAAUCUGGUCCUGCCACAGCACCACCACCUCAUGCAACCCUGAACACAGUGGACCAAAGUCCUCCAUUUUCCCAAAAUAAAUAUAUAUGCCAAAGAGAUACGAGAGAGAGAGAGAGAGAGAGGGGCACAGAAGGCAACAACACUAAUAAAGGGAGCAGCAACUAGCAAGCCAACAGCUAGAAAAAGAAAAGUGGCAAAGUUGUUGCUGAAAAACCGAAGAGACUCCAUAGUAUUCAUUUGAAGAAAGCUGAGAACUUAUAAACCCUCUCUGCAGCUUUUUCUUUACCACUUUGCCUCCCUUCAGCAUGCUUUUCUUUGCCUUUUAACCCAGUGAGUACCUUCUUUCACCAACACACCUCGUCCAUGGAGUUUGACCUUGAAAACCCUUUGGAAAAUCUUCACCCUGAUGCCCUCUCUUACCUAUUCCUCAUCGAAUCUGACCACACCCCAUCGCAGAAUCACUCUCACACUCUCAGAGACAGAGAUCUUGACAUCUCCGUCAGAACAGAACUCAUUUCCUUAAUCUCACAGUUGUCUUGUACUUUGGAUCCGGUUUUGUGCUACCUUGCAAUCAACUAUCUGGAUCGGUUCCUAGCCAACCAAGGGAUUUUGCAAACAAAGCCAUGGGCCCUUAGGCUCAUUGCUGUCUCUUGCAUUUCUCUUGCUGUCAAAAUGAUGAGAACUGAAUACCCUACCACUGAUGUCCAGACCCUUUUGAAUCAAAGUGAUGGUGGCAUCAUCUUUGAGGCACAAACAAUACAAAGAAUGGAAACACUAAUCUUGGGAGCAUUAAAAUGGAGGAUGAGGUCGAUCACCCCCUUCUCCUUCGUAGCCUUCUUUAUUGCCUUGAUCGAGAUCAAAGACUCACCUAUGGGACAGGUUCUGAAAAACCGAGCCUCUGAAAUCAUAUUCAAGUCACAAAGAGAGAUAAGGCUUUGGGAAUUCAAGCCAUCUAUUAUUGCUGCAUCUGCCCUUCUCUGUGCCUCUCAUGAGUUGUUUCCUUUUCAAUAUCCGUCCAUCUUAAAAGCAAUAUCCGAUUCUUCAUAUGUAAAUAAAGAAAAUGUCGAGCAGUGCUACAAAGUGAUACAAGACAUAGCCAUAGAGGAGGAGUACGAGUCUGCGUUGAAUGGGGUUUCAAGGUCAGAGACACCGAUUAAUGUGUUGGACCAUCAUUUUCUGAGUUCAGAAAGUGAAAAAACCAACGGAAUCAUCGUUGCUGAUUCUCCUCUGAGACAAGAGGGGGACCUCAAAAGAAGGAAAAUCACUGGAUGUGGAAACAAUCCAACGAUCCAUAAUUCUUGGACUAAACCAUGCUCAAGAGCUACUGAAAGAGAGUAAAGUAGUAAAACAUUUCAUUUCACCCCUCUGGUCCAUCAGAAAGCGACUAUGGUAUUAGUCAUAUCACUUGAUAUAGUUAACAAAAAAAUAUAUAUAUCAGAAAAUAUGAAAAUUGAAGUCAUAUAUAGUGAUGGGACGAGAUUGAGAACAAAGUUGUGGAUAUAGAAUCACUGUAGCAUGAUCUUUGUACGACUCACUUUACAUAUGAGAAAAAGAGCACGCCAAGGAAGAUGGGUCGUGGGAAUUUUUGUUUUUCUUAAACUACAAACAAAAAGACAAAACAUGACUUUGAAUUAUAGUGUUGAAUUUUUAUGUCUGUUUUGUAGUUUUAAGUGGGGUUGUGUCUCUUGGCUUCUGGCAAGGAAUUAAUAAUUGUGACAAUGUAACAAUGAAGGAACAGCUUUGUUGGAAAAUAAAAUUUAGUACUUUUAUAUACGAA